UUAACGCGCGCCCUCCUCCACCCUCUCCUUGCACUCCUCCCCCCGCGCGCGCGUCUCCUCUCCUCUCCUCUCCACUCCCUCUGCCGCGGGAUCUUUUGGCAAGACUUGAUAGCUAGCUCUCGCGCGCUUGCUUGUUGGGCUUGCGGUAUCUAUACCACGCGGCGGCCGGGUUCACCGCUACACAGAGGGAGGGAGAGGGAGACGGAGCUAGCGGCCGUACUAGUGCGUGUCCAUGUGCAAGAGGAGCUGCAUGGCGCCGUCGGAGUCGUGCGCGGCGCGGCCGGCGGACGAGAGGCCCGCGGUCUGCAGCUGCGGUACGGCGGCGGCGGUGGCGACGGUGUCGUCGGAUCACCACCAGCAGCAUAUUGUUGCGGCGCCGGAGAUGGCGGAGAAGAAGAAGAGCAGGGGGGCGCCGGACGAGGUGGAGGGUGCUGGGGAUCAGCAUCAGCACCAGGCGCCGUCGCCGGUGGCGCGGCGGCCGGCGUCGGCGGCGGGGGCUGGGGAGGAGAGCGCGCGGGAGCGGCUGAAGCGGCACCGGACGGAGAUGGCCGGGCGGGUGCGGAUCCCGGAGAUGUGGGGGCAGGAGAGGCUGCUCAAGGACUGGGUCGACUGCGCCGUCUUCGACCGCCCGCUCGCCGCCACGCGCGGGCUGCUCACCGCCCGCGACGCGCUCGUCGCCGAGUGCGCCCCCCCGCGCCGCUCCACCGCCCGCCCGCUCCGUGUGCAGAACGGCUGCUCCUGAUCGCCGGCCUCGUCGAUCGAUCGAUCGAGUGCACUUCGCUAAGUUUUUGCCUCUCCGAUCGAAUCGAUCCAUCCCCCGGCCGGCCUGCUUCUUGAUCGAUCCAGUGAUUAUUUGCUUUCUUCUUCCUAUGCAUGCGAAACCUAUUCGAUCGAUCGGGGUAUUAGUUAUGGAUGAUUUGAUCGAUCGACGUCAAGUACUCUCUACUUAAUUAAUCUGUAUACUACUACUUUUGACUACUGGUGGAUGUAAUUACUUAGUUAAAUGAUCUCAAUUUGAGGCAAGUUUCAUUCUUGUUCGAAUCAACACACUCCGUUCGCUAUAACAGCUAGCUGUUGAUUAUUUCAUCAUCAGUUUCUUUCUCCUUCUGUGGGGAAUAAGCUAGCCACUCAGUCGACGAUCAAUUAAUUACCAGAAAAUAUUCAUGAGCAAGCAAGCUUUGUGAUCUCCACAUCGGAUAUAUAGCUCUGUCUAGAACUUCCAAA